UGCGUCUUACUCUAUUGAACAUUUAUUUCAUGGCUGCUCCGCCCCAUGUACGGCCUCCGCCUCAUUUAUCGGUUUUCUCUUGGUUUUAGGUAUGUUUCCUCUUUGUUGCACUUGUUCGAUCAAUUCUGUGACCUACGAUUGUCUUCGUUGGCGUUGCCUGCCGGACGUUCUGCUACUGUAUUUUGGAUUGAGAUUUGGGAAUAAAACUCUGCUUUUAUAACUGGAUCUUCUCUGUCGGCUGUAAUCUCAGCCUUGUUUACUGAUUUGAGCAGGCGUAGCUGGUGAUCAGCGAACGAGGGAAAGAGAGAGAUCAGGAGAGUCAAGAAUGUCUGAGAACACCGUGACUGUGGAAACCCCUGGAAAAAAGGAGGGCCAUGGCUGCAAGGGGAAGUGUCAUCCAGGAGACCAGCACAUUCGCCGGGAUGAGGUGUGGAAAACCAUAAAGGAAUGUCAGGAAGAAAGCUUCUGGUACAGAGCUCUUCCAUUGUCCCUGGCCAGCAUGGCUGUCACUGGAGGGCUCAUCUACAAUGGUGUUCUGAAAUCUUCAAAGAGGUUUGGACCCUUCCCCAAGCUUGCAUUGGCUGGCAUUCUGGGGUUUGCAGCAGGAAAGGCUUCCUAUGUCAGUACCUGCAGAGAGAAGUUCCACACACGUGGGCUUGAGUUUCCCCAGUAUCGCUUUGGCCCAGGGUUCAUGUGUGGCUUUUGGGAACGCUGUCCAGCACACAAGAGACACUGCCACCAUGUUUGUGAAGAGUGCAAGUGUCCAAAACCCAGGCCUAAGGUGGUAACACCCAACCAAACAUAAGUGAAUACCCACCCACAAACUUACUUAUUACAUACCACACCAAUAGUCCAAGUAAUACUGUAAUAUAAUUGUGGAUUUCUCCCAGUUUUUGAAAAAUUGCUGUUCAGGAGUAUUGUCCAAUCUUAAUACCCUUAUCUCAGGGGUAUUCAAUUAUUUUUCAAGCUCUACCAGCAGUUUGAGUACCUCUGCCUUAGCAUUUCAUUAUGUAUAUCUGUCCUGCUGCCCGGAACUCCUGUCUUCAAAUUCAUCUUCACCAAGGUCUGUUGGUCAUUGAUGGAUGUUGCUUAGUGAUAAUCCUAAAGAAGUGUUUUCACCUCCUCACAGUGAACCCCCACCUGAGUCUCUGGAGUCAGUCCAUCAGUUUUCCAUCUUUCUCAAGAGUGAUGCAUACCAAAAAUACUAAUAAAUCUGAAUUUUCGUACAUCGUU